CUUUGGCAGUCCCUCCACGCCUCCGUUGCUUCUUCCCUACAUUGACGGCGCACGAGGCAGCCAUGCGAGCCCGACGUAGCCCUCCUACGAGACGCGGGGAGCUUUCUGGAAGAAAGUUUGCUUCUUCCCUGAUCCUUGAGCGCUUCGUUUGCCAUUGGGCGUCUGCAUCAGCGCGUCGCCACCCUGGUCCCAGAGGCAGACGGACACGUACUAGUGUUGCGACCGCGACGGCUCCCGGCAUUGUCAGAGACGGCUCGAGGCGAUGCCUUCGUACUUUUAUCACUUGAAGUUCGAGCUAUACCCUACUCCAGACCCCACGGGUCGUCCGGCGGCGCUCGCGGAGCAGACCAGAGGCGUCUACCUGCCGAGCAACGAGGCGUCGGCCUUUGACGAUUUCCCAUCACACCCGCGGCCCGAUCGACCGACUUCAAGAGUGAUACCUCGAUUCAACAACUAUAAAGUUGGCGACAGGCAGGCGUCAGCGGCUCCCCUGGCAGACGAGAGCGUACGGCGAACCUCGGCGCGCGGCGUCAUAGACUGCGGAGACACGCGAGCGCCAGACCACGAGGACGGGCGGACGGUAGAGGUCGUGCCCGAGAGACAGUGGCUCGCACGGACGGAGAGCUACCCGCCGCCUCUGCCGACGGCAGCGAUAAAGCCGCAGACUGCGGUUCAGGAUUGGCGGUUCGGCCGCGUCAGUCUCGAGUCCUUUGACCCCUUGUCGCCGGACGACAUGGCUGAGGAGACGAGCAGGAGUAGUUCAGCAGCGGCACCAACUCUCGGCCCUUCGUUUGGAGGCGCCGGCACCGCGACCAAGGCGGAGUACGUGCCGCUCGAGGGUCGGUAUACGGAGCUGGGAUGGGGCGUCGUUCACUUCUACAGAGAGGGUGAUGAGUCCCCAGAGCUGAAUGCUCCAGAACAAAAUAUCUAUGAGGCGGACGAGCCGGGGGGUGAGGACUCGUGCACGACGCUUUGCAUCCCGGCCGUGCCGGCGUACAUGACGCCGGGCGACUUCAUGGGCUUCGUGGGAGACCGGUGGAUGGGCGGCAUUAGCCACUGCCGGAUGGUUAUGACAUCGCGGAUGAACCGCUACCUGGUACUGCUCAAGUUUCGAGACGGCAAGAGGGCGAAGCAGUGGAGGAAGGAAUUCGACGGCAAGGUGUUUAACUCGAUGGAGCCGCAAGUCUGCCACGCGGUGUUUGUCAAGUCGAUAACCUUUGAGACGCCGACACGACCACAACGGAGCGACAAUGCUGAGGCUUCCACAUCGUCGACCGUGUCCAACAGCCUAAAACCGUUCCCGCCCCCGACGCCGAAUCUGAUCGAGCUGCCGACGUGCCCAGUCUGUCUGGAGCGCAUGGACGAGACCAACGGUCUCAUGACCAUUCCGUGUUCUCAUGUCUUUCACUGUAGCUGCUUGCAGAACUGGAAAGGCGCCGGGUGUCCGGUGUGUCGCUUCACGAGCGCCUCAUCAGAAGGGUCCGUGAGCGACCCAGACAACCCAUACUCCCAGCCAUUUGGUUCAUCGGCCUCGAACCUCUGCAGCGUCUGCGACUGCACUGACGAUCUUUGGAUCUGUCUCAUAUGCGGCUACGUCGGUUGCGGCCGCUACAAGGGCGGGCACGCAAAAGAUCAUUGGAAAGAGACGGCGCACUGCUUUGCCCUGGAGCUCGAGACGCAGCAUGUGUGGGACUAUGCUGGUGACAUGUGGGUGCACAGGCUCAUCCGCGAUAAGGGCGACGGCAAAGUGGUGGAGCUGCCGGGGCGUGGGAAUCCCAGGGGCCAUCACGAAGAAGAAGACGUGGUGCCGCGGGCCAAGUUGGAGAACAUCGGGCUGGAGUACACCCAUCUCAUUACGAGCCAGCUGGAGUCCCAACGCGCGUACUACGAGGAUCUGAUCAGCAAGACGGUGGACAAGGCAGCCAAAGCAUCGGCGAUAGCGGAGAGCAGCGCGGCGCAGUCGUCCAAGACGAUGGAGCGGCUGAGGGACCUCGAGGACAAGUAUAAGACUCUCAGUGCGGAGACGAUGCCGCAGCUGGAGCGCGACCUGGAGCGCGAGCGGAGCAAGGCGGCCAAGUCGGAGACCCUGGCGCGCAGCCUAGGCAAGUCGUUGCAGGAGGAGAAGCGGGUGAACGAGGGGCUGCUGAAGCGCAUCGAGCAUCUCGGGGCGGAGAGCGAGGCGGUGCGCAAGACGCUGGAGGAGCUCAAGACGGAGAAUGCGGAGCUCAAGGAGAUGAACCGGGACCUCAGCAUGUUCAUAUCCGGGCAGGAGAAGCUCAAGGAGCUGGAGCAGGAGGGCCAGUUAGAGGAGGGAGAGGUCGCGGGCGGGAGCGCGAGCGUGCCGGAGAAGAAGGCAAGAAGGAGGAGGAAGUGAUGGGACGGCUCGGCGGACCACAGCUCGGUUCGGUCCCCCCCCCCCAAACUUGAACUACUCCAGUUUGUGUCCCCCACGAGUGGAGGAAGUGGAGUUGAAAGUCGGCUAGAAUAGUCAGUGGGGGAAGGGGGAGGCGCGUGUCAUGCGAGUCCAUCAUCAGAUGCAAGCGCCACUUUGCAAUCUGACAGUUUUGAGUGAGCAAGCAAUUGACAUUUGUGGCGAACCUAGGGGCGAAGAAAGAAUCCGAGGCUUGUUAUCGUCGUCGUAUCUCGGCCAGCCCGCUGGGUGCCAUUGAAGCCGGGCCGCCGGGAGGGCCGCUAUACAUGCAGGUGAAAGCGGGAC